AUAAUAAUAAUAAUAAUAAUAAUAAUAAUAAUAAUAAUAAUAAUACUUUUACUAUUUGUAUCCCACCCAUCUGACCCAGCCACUCUGGGCAGCUUCCAACACAAAUAAAAUAUCAAACGUUAAAAACCUCCCAAUUUGUGUGGAUAGGUAAAUUGUUUUAUUCACUGCAGAAACUUCAAAUUAAUCCCCGGCAGCCACAAUGAAAUCCUGAGAUACUUAGCAUUUACCACAUUAAAAUUCAGGCUCUAUAUCAUCAUCGUACCUCAUUACACAAGGCAGUAAAAAGCAAUACUGCUUGUUUCACUCUUCUAAUUCAGUACAUAUGUAUAUAUACCGUAAUUUCAUAGACACACAAAAUACAAUCAGUGCUGUUAUUAGCACUUACCACAUCCUGAAGGUAACAUUUUGAUCUUCAUAAAAUAUUGGUGCUCUAUUUUUUUAGAUGUUCUGGUGCUUUCAGAGUAUUAGGUUGUACACACCUAACAUUUAGUCUGAGUAGACCCAUUGAAAUUCAUGAACUUAAGUUAGCUAUGGGUCUACUUUGAGUCAAAGUUAGUUGAAUGCAACCCACAGUGUAGAAAGUCAAGGAGCGUCGCUGCUCUUAUACAAGCUCCACUGUUGAUUCUUAAAUAUUCUACUCAGCGUUGGCAGAGGUUUUCCUUUUAGUGAAGUCACCUGGAGAUAAAAAUGUGAAAAUGGAUGUUGAAAUAUAUCUUGCUAAACUAUGUAUUUUAAGUUAAAAGGCCUACAAAAUGCAGAUUUUUAGAAUAAAAUACAUAAAAGGCAUAUUCCCUGACAAAAUAUAUUCCAAAAAUGCAAAAAAAAUAAUAAUCAUGUGUGUGUUUUAAAAAACCACAGAUGCUGAAAUGAGACAGAAUGAAUUUAAGAAUUAACUCAUGUAAAUCUGACUGGGACUCCAAAUAGACUGAUCUGCUCUUCCCCAUUGUCUCUUUUGUCUAUGGUAAAAUCAGUGCUUUUUUCUAGAAAAAGAGGUGCCUGAACUUACUAUGAAUGCCUCCCUUGCUCUCUUAUAACGGCAAUGGCGCCCACCUGAGAGGUGCUGGAACUGAGUUGCGGUGAGUUCCAGAUUAAAAAAAAAGUCCUGGGUAAAAUUAUGUUUCCAAGGAAAUGGAAAGAAUUCCAAGUUUGGCUUCUGCAAUAGUUAAGCUUUUGUCGGAUCUCUCUCCCCACCCCCAUUUAAAGUAUGUAUUCAAUGGUUAUUUAAUAAGUACGCUUUAUUUCCCCUGACAAGAUUUUCAGUUGGCACGGACUAAAGUAUAACUUUUGUACAUGUAUAUAUAUCGACUGUAUUUCAGAAUAAAGAUAGUAAAAAGCAUUUUUUAAAAGAAAUAUCCAUAAACAUUCUAUUUGUUUUCAUAGGGCUUUCUAGAUUUCUUUUACCUUAGGUCUGGGAGCUUUGUUAUAUUAUUCGCUGGAAAGACCUGCAUCUUAAGAUAUGUUUUUAAGCCAGCAGGCUUCCAGGUUGUUGCCAUAUUUCUGUACCCUUUCAUUAAAUGUUGCUCAUGUGAUUGUUCGUAACGAUGGCACCACAUGAGACAAAUAAAGGUCACUUGAGUGCAUGUGCUGAAACAACACUGGCUUGGCUUUGUUUUUCAGUUUUGCGCUCUGUGAAGAGACUGGUUACUGGUACAUCCCUUUCUCUGGCAUGAUACAUAAUAUGAACAUUCACCAGGAGGGGAAAAGCCUUUGAACUUGGGGAUCAUUUUUUAUGAAGCUUCUGAAAGUCCAAAAGCUUUGCGGAUCAGAUGAGUUAUGGAGAAACUUAAUUGGCUAAGGGACACGGACCUGUGUGUGGGCACAUUGGAGAUUGUCGCCUGCGCUGUUGCGAUUGCCGUCAGUGUUCCUGGAAAUAUAUUGUUGAUUUUCUGCACAAGGAGAUGCAUCGAUGACCAGUUGCGCACCUCGUUCACGCUUAUUUUCAGUCUUGCAUGGGUAAAUCUUAUACACAACUUGGCGGUGAAUGUCUUGAAGAUUGUUUAUGCCUCUGCUGUGGGGUUGGAUUCAGCCGGCUGCAAAGUUCUCGUGUUCCUAGCAAAUUUUACUACUUCUGAAGCCAUAUGGUUCACAUUAUAUAUUGCUUUGCUCUACUGUUUUAAAUUGUGCCGAGUGGUGCAUCCACCAGUUGAGGCUGCAUGCAGAAAGCAUCUGACGUGUCACAUGGUGCUGAUUUCUACUCUCUGGGUUGCUGGCAUUGCAGUGUCCUGUCCCCUGUUACUGUAUACAGGGAGGACUGAAAAGCUGUAUACAGAAAAUGAAACUAGCCAGCAACUUAGCAACGUGAUAUAUGCUGAAUGUAAGACGGAAUACAGAAAUGACCUGAUGGAGAUUUUGUACGGAAAAAUCUUCCUAGUGGCUAUCGAUCUUCUUCCACUGCUAAUUAUGCUCCUCGCUGGAUUCCGAAUAGUAUACCUCCUUUGGAAACACAAGAUGGCAACGUGUGGUGGCAUAUGGAUUGGGGGCGAUGCUACUGAACUUGAGGUCGUUAGGGCAUGUAAACUUAUUUUGUUGUUAAUAUUUCUUAUUAUUUCUCUCUGGGUAUCUUACUUCAGCCUGUUUUACUGCCUGAAGAAAUUUAGAUCUUAUUACUUUGGUCCACCAGUCCUGACAGUCCUGUCUUCAGGAUACUCGGUUAUCAGCCCUUAUGUGCUUAUGUUGUUUAACUACAAACUAAUAGUGAGGAUAAGGUGCUUCUGUUGCAAGAGUGAGAAGAAACUGGUAACUGUGUCAGCUAUUGCUCCCGUGUCCCCAUACGCCUAGCAGCCAGAUUUUUUUUUGCAAAAGAAUUUUGAAAAAAGAAUGUGGGAAUUGGAAACAAGGACAAUGUCUAUUUUUAUUAUAUAAUGGUAUACAUAUAUUUUAUUAUGAGCUCCCUCCCCAACCUGCAAUCCAGUGGAUUAGGCAUGGCAUCAAUUCCAGCAGGCGUUCCGGCAUCUGUACGAUGGAUGCCAUUGCCAUUCUAAGAGAAUGAGAGAGUUGUUCAUAGUGAGUUCUGGAGCACCCCUUUUUCUUAAAAAAAAAAAAGCACUGGUUUCCAAGGCAUACAUGACUAUGGCUAGGUCAGAUCUCACCGUAACGUUCUACUCAGGAACACUUCAGAUGCAGAGAUACUCUGCCCUUAGUUUGGCACACAGCAUCAGUUCAUGUAUGUGCUGGUUGUGGAGGCAAUUAACAUGGCUGGGCAUCACCUAGCAGAUCUUCUUCUCUCUGGCAUUCCUCAGUUGCUGUUUGGUGUCCGCACCCUGGAGCUGCACUCUCCUGCUCAGCCAUGAUUGACAGGUGGCAUGGAGCCUGGUGCCAUUGCCCAAUCUCUGCAAAAGUGUGCAGUCAUUGUGCCCAUGAUUUACGAUCAAAGCGUAUCCUAAAAUGUGCUUUAUAAUGUGCAAGGCAUGGAUUAUGUAUAGAAUGGAUUAUGAUAGCCGCAUCUGUUUCAUUCUACUUUAGAAUGUAAGUAAUGUGAUUUCCCCCAAAGCCUUAAACGCCUAUUUAAGUGGCUAUAUAUUUUAUGCUGUAAUGUGUUGCACAAGUAAAGCAAUAAAGUAUUUUAUAUUACAUUGAUAUAUAUUUUUUGCUCUUUUUUAAAGUGGAAAUAAUUUUUAUCGCAAAUUUAGAUAAAAUAAUAUGAGUACAUAAAUAAUUAAAAAAGUAAUAAAGAGCUGCAAUUUCCUUCCCAGAGAAGUUCUGUAAGCUAUUGAUUAUAGCAUUUUUUCUCAUAACUCGGGCACUAUUGCAUAUAUUUCUGAUUGACCUUUGUUCAGUAAAUUAUCCCUCCCCCAACAGAAAUAUUCUGCUUGAUUUCUAAGAAUCGCGGUGUCAUUCACAAGGAACCAGAGUGGGUUCAGAUGAUAACCGGGAUACCAGUAUUCUGCCUCAGGAGGUUGCAGUACAAAGAGGCUAAGUGUGUGUAGGAGGGAUGGGCAAGAGUUCUGGUUCUGGCAUGGCAAGCCAGGCAAGGCAAGUUCCAUUCUCAGCAAAGCAAUUACAGGCAAAGUUCAGUUUCCAACACAGAAAAGCUAUGCAAAGUUCGAGUUUGAGGCAGCACCUUGGAUAGCUCUGUGUGGAGCUCAGGGUAGAGAUUCAGACAAAGAGGCCUGCAUGUUGCUUCACAACAGACAACACUAGACUUAAACAGGACUUCAGCUCAGACUGGGUGGUAGAGCCAUGCGCUCCUAGUGAGUAGGGGUUUCUGGGAAAGCAGGGCUAGGUACUGAGAGCAAUUCCUGCUCCAAUUCUGGCACGUCCUCUGAUUCCAUUGCUUCAUCCUUUGAUCUUGGUAUGUAAGACCGUGGGUUCAUGGCAGCCACUUACGAAGGCUGAUGAAAGGACAGCUUUUCCAAGCCAAGUGUGAAUCGCCAUCCAAAGCAUCUAUUUCUCUAUUUGUAGUAUAGGAUAUGAAACAAAUACUCUUCAAAUAUAUGAUCUUUUUCUUCUUUGCAGUUUAAUUUUUAAAUGCACGGGGAAAACCAGGCCCUGGAGCCUUGCUUUGAAUAUUGCUUCUGCUAUUGAAAUCCCUUUCCCUCUCAUCGAAACCCCCCAACCCCACCUGGGUGAAAACCUGAAGAUUUCAACUCAAGAGAAGGUUCUUACUCUUUGGGCAAGCUCAGUGCCAGUAGUGCACUUUCCCUUCUGUCUAGGGCCAAAUAAAAGCCUUCCUCUUGCAGUUGCUGGAUCAAAUGAGUUGCUUGCCAGUUGAGGAAAACUCUGCUGUCAUGAUGGAACCUUGGUUGAGGGCCAAACAAACAUAUUGAUUAUUCCCACAUAUGAUGUGGGAAUUACAAGAACAGAUACCCUUAAAUAUUUUUUCACUCUUUCAAAACAGCUACAGGGUGCUGCUAAUUUGGUUUGGUAUGAGCAGAGUAUUAAGGGGGGGGGAAUCAAUUCCCCAGUCUAAAUUGUCCCCGUGGAAGUUGCUGUGUGCAUCGUUGAAGCAAGGUGGUGAAUACAUGUGCCAUACAAGUCAUUGUUUCCCCCCCCCCACUACGGCAGGGAGGAUGAUUCUAGAUGUGGGAAAUGGUGUUAAGUCAGGGUCCCCAAGCUAAGGCCCGGUGGCCGGAUGCGGCCCAAUCACCUUCUAAAUCUGGCCCACGGAUGGUCCAGGAAUCAACAUUUUUUUACAUGAGUAGAAUGUGUUCUUUUCUUUAAAAUGCAUCUCUGGGUUAUUUGUGGUGCCUGCCUGGUGUUUUUACAUGAGUAGAAUGUGUCCUUUUAUUUAAAAUGCAUCUCUGGGUUAUUUGUGGGGCAUAGGGAUUCAUUCAUAUAUUUUUUCAAAAUAUAGCCUGGCCCCCCACAAGGUCUGAGGGACAGUGGA